AUGACCGUCCAAUUUAGUUCUCUCAAGCGGUGGGCUUUUAUCCUGCCCACAAUCACAGUUGCCUCAUGGCUAGCAAUGCUGGGAACACUUGUAGGCUCUUGGUUUGCAUCCGGCCAGCCACGAUACGUAUCUGAAGAAGAUACACAAACUAUAGCAUUCAUAUCCGACAUUGGCGCGCAACACCUCAAGCCCGUCUUCAUCGCCGGCGCCUCCAUAUCAAUGACAACCUACAUCCCCAGUCUUAUCGUCUACUUUUACUACAUGAGCCCCGCGAGAGUACCGCUAUCAUCGAGCUCUGAAUCGAUUACCAGAGCCAACUCCCUGCCACCAACAUCAAUAUACUCCACUCCACCCCCAUCAUCGCUAGCCUCGCAACACCACCUCCAACAGGAAGAAAAAUGGCACCAAUCCCUCCUCUCUCAAAUAGGCAUCCCAUUGCUGAGCAUCCUCUUCUCACUCAUCGGCGCCACAAGUCUCGUCCUCUUGACUAUCUUCGACACAGCCCGUUACACAUCCGCGCACCAACUUCUCCUUCCCACAAGCAUCUGCUCACAUAUUUUGGGAUGUUUGAUCCUCUGCUUCUGGACAGUGAUUUGUUUCCGCCAAUACAAGGCCCAAAUACAACACACCAAAUACAGCGGCGGGAUCUACUCGGGCGACAAAUUCACCCUCGAGUUAUACAUGCCGCGAAUCCCCAUUUUUCGACCCAGUCUCGUGAUCAAGGCGGUCAUUAUAGCUAUUGAAUUUGGGUUGGUCACGUUGUUUGCGGUUAUGACCUGGUGGUUGAAGACGUUUGACCAAGCGGCUGUCAUUGAGUGGGUUGUUGUGUUGACGUUUGGUGGGUAUAUGUUGUGUUUGAUUGUGGAUUUGUGGGUUCUGGGGAGUUCGUCUGUGCCUGUAUCUGUAGUUGAUAAUGAAAGGGGGUUGUAA